AUGUCAGUGGAACUUGCUAAACUCAACAAAUUGGACACCACAAAGCUUCCAGAGGCUAGUGUCGCCUUUGUCAAAAAUGCUUCUGGAGCAACUCUUGCUCGGGAAACCAUCAUCAAAUACACGCCAUCCCUUGCCUACGCCGCUGUCCAAGAACUCGAUUCCAGCAUUCUUGGAAAGGAUAUUAUCGUAGAGAAGAAGCCAGAAGAUGAACUUCAACUUAAGCUUAUCACCAUUGAGAAAGUAAAAGAGAAUCGCCGCCUACUUCCGAUUGCUCAGCAAUUCCACACAGUUCCAGAUGGAAGACACGCUGAGUGCCAUAUGACUGAUAUCCUCUCAACUCACUCUUUGGGAACCUACAAUUUGGAUCUCAAGAAGAAUGUCACCAUCGACUCUUUUGAGUUAACUGAUUCCUGGAGAGACGAUGCUGGAUUCAUUGUCACUGAUAGAAACGUGUACAUCCAGGGAACCUACGACGUCGCCAAGCUUCUUCCAACUCUCCUUCCAUCUUCUCAAAAAGUGACUCCAUACGCUAAAGCUGACUUUGACCUUGUCGCUGACUUUGACUCAACAGUCUGCGGAUUCUCUCGUGAUGCCUAUCUCACUCUUCUUCUCGCUUCCUCAUCCACUAUCCUUCUUGCCAAAUCCUCAGGAUCAAUUGAUGGAAUCAUCGUCGGGAACGGAGCUGACAGAAUCAACCUGAUCUACGCUGAAACCAUCGAAAUUGCUCAUGCUCUUCUGAAGUCAUACGUGGAGAAGACGAAAGUGAAACAAGUCACUCUUUUCACGGUUCAAGGCGUCUGGGAAUGCGAACCAACGAAGAAACGGGCGGUACACAGACGACACACUCGAGCUGUUCCUUCUCUUAUCAAAUGGGCCAAGAUCUACGCGUUGAACAUGGGUGUCCACAUCGUCUAA